AUGGACGGAGACAAGGAGCACGACAAAGUUGAAGAUGUUGUGGGCAGCCACGUUGAAGAUGCUGUAACAUUUUGGGCACAGAAUGUCAGUAGAUGUAAUGACCUCUUGAAAUUAAGUUGUGAGCUGGCAGAAGCUUGUCCCCAGGCUAAUGCAGUUUUUGGCAAACCUGAUUUUAAUAAGAUUUAUGGUGGCUGUUUUUCUGAAGAUAGAUGUUGGUACAGGUGUAUGGUACAGCAAGUGAUCAACGAGGAAAAGUGUCAGGUAUUGUACAUAGACUAUGGAAAUUCUGAGGUUCUGAAUAGAUCAGACAUAGUGGAAAUUCCACUGGACUUGCAGUGUCCGAGCAUUGCCAAGAAGUACAGACUCCAGGGACUGCAGAUACCAGCUGAUCAGAAUGUAAGCAUGUUUGACGAGGGGAAGAAGUUCCUGAGCAGCCUAGUUUUUGAAAAAGAAAUAAAAAUACGUCACAAGGCCAAGCUCGAACAUGGUGCCAUCAUUGCCCAGGCAGAAUAUGAAAAGAUAGAUAUUGGAGAAGAGGUGGCCAAGGCAGGGUUUGCUGAAAGAUGCACAUCUCCAGGAUACACUAAAGAGGCAGAAGAGAAAAAAGCAGAUGUCAUGCAAAUACAAAAUCGGAAGAUAAAGAUUUCCAUUCCGCUGUGGUUGAGCAGGUCUGAUCACACGAUGCACAGCUCCCCAAGAGGGCGCGUUGAGCAAGGACCUGCCGGCGCCAGGAAUUGGAAUUUUCCUGGAAACCGGAUGUUUGCCCCAAAGGAAAAGGUGCAAGGUUUCACCUCAGUGCCAGACACCAACUUGGCACAUGUAAGACCAGAUCAGAAGCUGCCCGAAGAGAAAGAAGUUCUGAGAAGGGAGAACCUAGAGCUCUUGCAGAGGCAGAAGGAACUAGAGCUGAAGGUUCAACAGCUGAAAUGUGAGCUUCAGAAAGAAAAGGAACUAUCCAGGAAAACUGCUGAAAGUUUUGAGAAGACCCUGCAUACUUAUAUAGGAACAAAAAUGGGAAGUUUGGCUGCUAAGAUGAAAGCAUUGAAAGAAGUUAGGCAUGCAAAUAAGACCAGUCAUUUUGGGGAGCAGCUCUCUGAAGCCAUAAAAGUGGUUACAGAAGGAUGUCUCACUGUUCCAUGUUCCUUGGAAGAGCUGAAGAAGAUUUGGAGAGAGUAUGACUUGGCUCAAGAGAGGAUUCGGUUAUGCACAAAUGUGGAUGAAGGGGAUGUAUUGAUUAGCAAGAGAGAUGAGGUGCAGCAGAACUUGUAUUCAGCAGUGAAAGAAUUAAUUUUGGAAGUGGAUCAGCUGCCCCUCUCUGAGCGCUCAAGAACGUUACAGAAACUGGCUGCUUCUCUGGAGAUGUGUGGUCAAGGUUCUGAAGCAGAUGACGCUGAGGAAGUAUUUCAAGAGUUCUUUAAAUGGAAGAGUAUUAAAACAGAGAAAUUAAUUUGUGUCAGAAAUGAUACAGACACAGCUCUGCGAGUUCUUGCUGACUGGUUCAGCGGCGUCUUAAAGUGUUUUGACCUGAUGUCAGAAGCAUCUUCAGAGCUAGAGGAAGCGGUUGGCAAUGCAGAUGAAAUUCUCAAAAAGGUUGAGUUGGCUAUUUGUGAAGAACUGGAUGCUGACUUAAAUGAGCACGAUGAAGCAGAGAAGAGAAUCAUUAUGAGUGCUUACAAUAAAGUUAUAUAUAAAGUUUGUCAAGAGCAAAGUAUGAUCUCUGUCAUAGAGAACAGGUACUUGGACAGUGUUGAGUUCAAAAAACAGGCAGAGGAAUGGCUGAAUAGAAGACCCAAUAUUAACAACUUACUGUCAAUUAAGAAAAAUGUGAAAGCUUUUAAGGCCCAGUUAAGGUGGAAGCUGGUUGAAAAGAACAACUUUGAGGAAUCUGGUGAUUACAGUGAGUGUGAAAUGACAAGAAUAAAAGAGGAAAUUGCUGAUGUGCGAAAUAGGGUUCUUCAGGAAAUAGCCAAGGAACAAGAAGAAUAUGAGAAGCUUACAUGUUUGGUACAGAAAUGGUUCCCUGAGUUACCACUUCUUUAUCCAGAAGCAGGAAUUCUAAACUAUAUGAACUCCAGCGGACUCCUGACAUGCAGCCUGGAGCGAGAUCUUUUGGAUGCUGAGCCCAUGAAGGCGCUGAGCACAAAGCGACCAUUAGUGUGUUCAGAAAUCUGGGGCCAGAAGGUUCUUUUAAAGGGCUACUCCGUAGAUGUAAGCUCAGAAGCCAAAGUCAUAGAAAAUGUUGCCAAGUAUCACAGAGCUUGGAAUCAACAGAAAGAGAGAUCUGGAUUAUUACAACUGUUGUUCCUUCUUUUCUGCAAGUCUGAUCCUUUAGUAUAUUUAAUGGUCCCAUACUACCCAGGAGCAAGUCUGGGAGCUUUACAGGCUGAUACACCUUUAACUUUAGAAGAGUCAUUAAAAGUGAUGAAAGGAGUGGCCAAAGGUCUACACACAUUGCAUGGAGCUAAUAUAGUACAUGGAUCUCUGAAUGGAAAUAAUGUUUUUGCUGUGGAUCGAAAACAAGGAAUCGUUGGAGACUUUGAUUUCACAAAAUCAGAGGAACAGCGUGCUGCUGCAAACACUAUGGUUGUCAGUACCUUGAGCUUAAUUUCUCCUGAACUGAAAAUGGGACAACCAGCUUCUCCAGCCUCUGACAUGUAUGCUUAUGGCUGCCUUCUGUUCUGGCUCUGCGUUCAAAACCAGGAGUUUGGGAUAAAAGAAGAUGGAACACCUGAGUUGGAAGUGGUUUUCAUGGAUGAUAAAGUUAAAUCUCUGCUCCUGAAUUUGCUCUGCUGUAACAGACUGACAGCUGAGCAGGUGCUGAGGGAUGAUUGCUUCCUUGUAGUUGAUGAGAUUGCAGUUUCACCACAAGCAGGUGAAGAGCAUGAGCCACAUGAAGAGCAUGAUUCUGAGAAGACAAAUAAAAAAAAGAAGUGAUUAACUGAGGAGAGUGGAGCAAACCCUAC